GACAAGGGCGGCCUUUCCCAUCUCGAGCCGAUCAUCUUCAACGCCGUCUUCGCCAGCAACUUCAAGGCCGUCACCGGAUAUCCCAGCGGCGGCGCCCAGCGUCUGGCGGUGAAGAACGGUGAGGUCAACGGUUUCUGCACGACUUUCCAGACGGUCAAGAGCACCGAGAUUGCCAUGUUCGAAGGCGACGCGAAGUGCUGCAAGGUAAUGAUCAUCGCGGGGCAACCAGAAGAUCGAUCACCGCCUCGCCAAGGGGGUGCCGAUCGCCGAACUGUUGGCCAAGGAGUUGGG